CAAUCCCAACGCCGAUUCCAUUGCUUUCUCUUCCAAAUCAUUUCCUGGCUUCCUUUUUCGCCCCCGAGGCCAUGGAAAUUCCGACUAAACUCGUCGUUUUCUUCUCUGUUCUGCUCUUUUUCAUGCAUUCAUCUUCUAUAUCUGCGCAUGUAGUAGGGCACGAGGUAGAGUUCGAGUACAAAAAAGGGAGCGUUAAAGGGCCAGAACAAUGGGGAAAUCUAAAGAAAGAGUGGGAAGCUUGUAACAAUGGACGUUUGCAAUCUCCCAUAGAUUUAACAAGCCAGGGAGUGAAGAUUACUCCAGAGUUGGGACUGCUAAACAAAAGUUACAAUCCUUGCAGUGCAACAUUAAAAAAUAGGGGCCAUGAUAUUUCUCUAUUUUGGGAUGGUAAUGCAGGAUCAAUCCUGGUAAACGGCGUCGUUUAUAAUCUUCAACAAAUUCAUUGGCACUCACCUACAGAGCAUACGGUCAAUGGAAAAAGGUUCGACUUGGAACUCCACAUGGUUCACCAGACUCCUGAUAACAAGAUUGCUGUUGUUGGUCAACUCUAUCAAAUUGGCCAACCAGACCCUUUUGUCGCCCAGUUGAGCGUGGGAAUAAGCGGCAUGAUUGAUCAGAUGCAAGAAAAGAAGAUGGGAGUGAUGAAUCCAGCCGACAUCAAGUUUGGUGGAACAGAGUACUACAGAUACAUUGGUUCUCUCACCGUUCCUCCUUGCACCGAAGGUGUAAUUUGGACCUUAAACAAAGAGAUUGGGACAGUGUCAAAGGAGCAAGUAGAUCUUCUAAGGGAGGCUGUUUAUGAUUAUGCAGAGUUCAAUGCAAGACCAACGCAGGCACUCAAUAAUCGAGAAAUCAGUCUUUAUUCGGCGAACUCAAAAAUUUGAAGGCUGAUUAUCCAAAUUUUGCCCACUAAUUUGCAAUUGAAAAUAUCAAAAUGUUUAUGUAGGAUAUGGAAAUUUGAACUUGGAGGGAAUAAAAUAAACCAACCAAAAUAAUAAAAUGACAUACAAUAAAGUCUCUAGCAUUUGAGAGACAUAUUGUAAAGUUCUUUGAGUCCACUCACAACAAGACAAUGGGCUUUUCCAUGCAAUCCCAUUCUCCUAACUGCAGUGAUUACUUCUCAAAGAACAGGACAACGUCAUUCCUUGAUUGCUUCUAAGUUCUAACAUUACAAGGUUGUUUUUUA